UCACUCAGCAAACGGCGGAGCGGCGUUUCCUCACCAUAAACAUUACUCCGUGCGGAACUGAACACCGGAAGCGACCUAUCUCCGAAAAGGAGCAACGGAACUCGAGCGGCGCGCACGAAUAUCGGUGGAAACUCUGCCUCGCCUACGAUUACAAGCAAAGAUAACCGGCGGCGAUAAACGCGUUACUGGCGAAGUCACAACAAUCGACGCGUCAUGCCGAUUACACCGUUAUUUCGAAAUUUAGCGAAGCUGUCCGGCUUGUUUGUUUGCGCUGCCCUGAUUUGCGUGCAGUCAUCGUGACGCGCUGUUUAGCGCCAAGACGCGUCGGCAGAUAACGAGAGCGAUUUCGCGAUUACGCGUGAAACCUAUUGCGCAUCGAUUGCACGGGAACUUCACGGACAUGCGUCGGUCUAACCCCGAUCCCGGAAUGUCGAAGAAAUUCUGAAGGAAAGUGAAGCUCCAGCCAAAUCCUCGGUGCUGUCUAAUGUCGCCCAUAGAAUCCUCGAAUUUCGAACAUGGAGCGCGUCGGUCGUUCGAGGAAGAGACACUCUAGCAAGGGAGAGGUUAAGGAAGCGGAGCCGGUGUUAGGCAGCCGAGAGACCAUGGAGCCGACAACCAACGAGCAGUACCUCUUCCUCUUAGAGUUCCUAGUCCACCACGUGACCGGCGAUCGCCUGGCGAAGCUCAAUCAAAUGUUCUUCGUCCCCACGACCGUCUCCGUCGGCUUCCUCAGUUUACCCGAGGAGGAGACCGUCGAGAUCACCCCCGUCGAUCCCCUGUUCCAACCCCAGGCCGGGGUAGCCGACGACGUCGAGUACUUCCACUCGGGACGCUCCGUGUUGUUCGCCAUCGAUCAGCGCACGGCGAUCAACAAGGUCCUCGAUUUCGUCGUGAGACUUCGCGUGGAGAAGAAGAUGCCCGAAGGGCUGCGACCCGACGUUCCGAUCGGCGAGGGCGAGCUGGACAUGAGCAAGCACUUCGCCGCCCUGCGAAAAGAGAUGCUGCAGUGCUGGCACAAAAUGGCCCCCCCGCCUAAGUGCUUCGAGGGCGAGGUGCCCCUGACGCACGAGGACGACGAGGUCGGCGCCGUGUGCAUGUUCGCCAGGAUAUCGGCCUUCGGGCAGACGAUCGUGACGGAGUUCGAGGCUCCGCCGGACAUGGACGUCGACGCGUACGUCUUCAAAGGCGACGAGGUCGACCGGAAGUCCUUGAGCUACAAGUGUCGCGUCAUCGACUCCGAGGACGCGGAUAUCGCCAGAGACUCCGCGGACGAUCUAGCGAGAACCGGACCGCCUUGUCGCGUCUGCGUCCCGGACGAGCAUCCCUGCAGUCCUUGCGGCGAUCCCCGAGGCGCGACUCUGAAGCCGCAGGCGAGCCAAAGGCAGAUCGGCGGGUCGGACGGCUAUCCGACCACGGUGUCGAAGUCCCGAUCGAAACCCGACACCUGCGACGAAGUGCACAAGAGCGGUUUGAUACAGUCCAGCCGCGGUCCGGCCCAACCGUGCGGAAAGGCGGUGGUGCUCAAGGUUUCCGGCGUGCUGGACGCCGACGCGGAGAGGAGACCGACGGUCACCGUGGCGUCCGAGGCCGAAGCUGCUGGCCAGGACUGUUCCGAACCCAGCCACGAUGUUUUUGUGCUGAGGAUCGGGAAGAAAGGGAUCGUCGGGGCCGGCGAGAAGUCGGACAUUCAGUUGGAGAUGAGGACGCCGAAAGGCGCCGAGAAAGGGCCACCUGUUAGAAUGGAGACCAGGGAGAUGCAGACGGACGAGGAGAGGAAGAAGAGGAGGAAGAAGAAGAAAGCGAAGAAAGAGUGA